AUGGCAGUUGAAGCCCCUGCACGCGAACCUGGAGCCGCCGCUGCUCCAAACAGCCCGACCGCUAUACCCAAUUCUGAAAGGCUAAGCACUCGUUCUUCAUCUCUCUCCCUCACCCACCCUUUUUAUUUUAAAUCUCUCCAUAGAAAAUUUGUAUUUUUCAACGUACCUCAGAUUCAAUAUAAAAACAUUUGGGUCCAGAUUGUGAUGUUUAAGAACAUGACCCCAUCACCCUUCAUAAAAUUCUAUUUAGAUACUGGAGAGCAGGUCCUGGUUGAUGUGGAAUACAAGACUAACAAAGAGAUAACUGAACAUAUUAAGAAAAUUCUUGGUAAAAGCGAGGAAACGCUCCAGAGAGAAGAAGAAGAAAAAAUAAAGCUAUGCCAUCCUGCAACAUUUGGCCCCAGAAAAUACCACUUGCGGGAAUGCAUGUGUGAAAUUGAAGGACAGGUGCCCUGCCCUGGCAAAGUGCCGUUGCCAAAGGAGAUGACUGGCAAGUAUAAAACUGCCAUGAAAAACAGUGAAUCAAUGUAACAUGAAGCUUUCUUAUGGCAAGUAUUGACUGAAGUAUUCAGACUGACAUGAAACCACCCAUUUGUAGACCGACUACCACAUCUGUAAUGGACUACUUACAUGGCAAUAAAAUAGCUGGACUUUAAAAUAAGAAUUCUUUCAAAUAAACCCAUGGUUUGUUCUUGUCUUGUACAUAUUUUGUAUAUGCAUCCUGUUUUUGAAUCAAAGGAGAAUAAAUUUUAAUUCAUCCCUGG